CGGGCGGAGCGCACUGCCUGCUGAGUGUCCGUCCCGGAGCUGUCGCCUGCCGGCUCGCCAUGGACGACCACGACGUCUCCCCCAGCCCCAAGGGCGCCUUCCGAAAGUUCCUGGAGCACCUCUCCGGGGCCGGCAAAGCCAUCGGCGUGCUGACCAGCGGCGGGGAUGCCCAAGGUAUGAACGCCGCUGUCCGUGCCGUCGUGCGCAUGGGGAUAUACGUGGGGGCCAAAGUGUACUUUAUCUAUGAGGGCUACCAAGGCAUGGUGGACGGCGGCAGCAACAUCGUGGAGGCCGACUGGGAGAGCGUCUCGAGCAUUCUGCAAGUGGGAGGGACCAUUAUUGGCAGCGCCCGUUGUAAAGCCUUCCGCACCCGGGAAGGCCGCUUGAAAGCUGCUCGUAACUUGGUCCAGUUGGGCAUCACCAACCUGUGUGUGAUCGGUGGGGACGGGAGUCUCACCGGGGCCAACAUCUUCCGGAAAGAGUGGAGUGGGCUGCUGGAAGAGCUGGCCCAGAGCGGCCAGAUCGACAAGGAGGAGGUGCAGAAACACUCGUACCUCAACGUCGUGGGCAUGGUAGGCUCCAUCGACAACGACUUCUGUGGGACGGACAUGACCAUCGGCACAGACUCGGCCCUGCACAGGAUCAUUGAAGUCAUCGACGCCAUCAUGACCACUGCCCAGAGCCACCAGAGGACGUUCGUUCUUGAGGUCAUGGGGAGACACUGCGGGUACCUGGCCCUAGUGAGCGCCCUGGCCUGUGGGGCGGACUGGGUGUUCCUGCCGGAGUCUCCGCCAGAGGAAGGCUGGCAGGAAAACAUGUGCGUCAAACUCUCAGAGAACCGAGCCCGGAAAAAAAGACUGAAUAUCAUCAUUGUGUCCGAAGGAGCAAUCGAUACCCAAAAUAAACCUAUUACCUCGGAGCAAAUCAAGGAGCUCGUGGUCACUCAGCUGGGAUAUGACACGCGAGUGACCAUCCUUGGACACGUGCAGAGAGGCGGGACGCCGUCAGCCUUCGACAGGAUUUUGGCCAGCCGCAUGGGUGUGGAGGCCGUGGUCGCCCUCCUCCAGGCCACCCCGGAGACCCCAGCCUGCGUGGUGUCGCUGAGCGGGAACCAGGCUGUGCGCCUGCCCCUGAUGGAGUGCGUGCAGAUGACCCAGGAUGUACAAAAGGCGAUGGAUGAGGGGAGAUUUAAGGAUGCUGUGCAGCUCCGAGGAAGGAGCUUCGAGAGCAACUUGAACACCUACAAGCGGCUCGCCAUCAAGAAACCAGACGCCCAUAUCCCAAAGAGCAACUGUAACGUGGGCAUCAUCAACGUGGGCGCGCCCGCCGCCGGCAUGAACGCGGCCGUGCGCUCGGCCGUGCGGGUGGGUAUCGCCGACGGCCACAAGAUGUUCGCUGUCUAUGACGGCUUCGAGGGCUUCGCCAAAGGCCAGAUCAAAGAAAUCGGCUGGGGAGAUGUUGGAGGUUGGACAGGCCAAGGAGGUUCCAUUCUCGGGACAAAACGUACCCUCCCUGGGAAGUACUUGACGGAGAUCGCCACGCAGAUGCACACCCACAGCAUCAACGCGCUCUUGAUCAUUGGCGGGUUUGAGGCCUACCUGGGACUGUUGGAACUGUCAGCUGCCCGGGAGAAGCACGAGGAGUUCUGUAUCCCCAUGGUCAUGGUUCCCGCCACGGUCUCCAACAACGUGCCGGGCUCUGAUUUCAGCAUCGGUGCAGACACUGCCCUGAACACCAUCACCGACGCUUUCGAGGGCGCGCUCACCAUGGCGGAGGCGCGCAGCAGACACCAGGAGUUUUGCAUCCCCAUUUGCGUCCUGCCUGCCACCAUUAGCAACAAUGUCCCGGGCACAGAGCUGAGCCUGGGUUCUGACACUGGCCUGAACACUAUUGUGGAGACGUGCGACCGCAUCAAACAGUCGGCCAGCGGGACCAAGCGCCGCGUGUUCAUCAUCGAAACCAUGGGGGGCUACUGCGGCUACCUGGCCAACAUGGGGGGGCUCGCCGCCGGAGCAGACGCCGCCUACAUCUUUGAGGAGCCCUUUGACAUCAGAGACCUGCAGGCCAAUGUGGAGCACCUGACAGAGAAGAUGAAGACCAGCAUCCAGAGGGGCCUGGUGCUCAGGAACGAGAGCUGCAACGAGAACUACACCACUGACUUCAUCUACCAGCUCUACUCCGAGGAGGGCAAAGGGGUGUUCGACUGCAGGAAGAACGUGCUGGGCCACAUGCAACAGGGUGGAGCGCCUUCUCCGUUUGAUAGAAACUUUGGAACCAAGAUUUCUGCCCGAGCCAUGCAGUGGAUCACUACGAAACUGAAGGAGUCUCAUGGCAAAGGAAGAAGAUUUCUAACCGAUGAUUCCAUCUGUGUGCUGGGAAUAAGCAAAAGAAACCUUCUUUUCCAACCUGUGGCAGAGCUGAAGAAGGAAACGGACUUCGAGCACAGGAUUCCCAAGGAGCAGUGGUGGCUGAAGCUGCGGCCUCUCAUGAAGAUCCUCGCCAAGUACAAGGCCAGCUUCGAGGUCUCCGACUCGGGCCUGCUGGAGAACGUGCACCAGCGCGGCCAGGAGGAGCACGCCGCCAUCUAGACGCCGCCGGGCCUGCACCGCCUGGCUAGCAACGCUUCGGAUACCUGUUUUUGUAACAUUUAAGUUAUUUAUCAGCACUUUAUGUGAGUAUUGUUGACCGAGUACUGUUGACAUCAGUACCCAACCAUAGGGCCCCUCCGCCUGUACCCUUCCUCCCCACCGGGUCCUCAGUCUCCGGCACGAGCUGUCGGCUGUACCUCGUACUCUGUGUCCUGCUUCAAGACGUGUGUACCCGGUGGAAUUAAACAUUCGGCUAAAACCUCCA